UCAACGCAGUUCUUGAAAACAUAUUUGCCUACCAUUGUUAAAAAUAAUGUUUGUUGUGGAUUAGAUAAAUUGGUGAAACAUACCAAAAUAACUAAAUCAACAUAGGAAAAUAAGUAAACAUUUUGUAAACGAAUGAAAAUAACGAAAUGAUAACAAAAAUACACCAUGUUUGUCCAUGACAUCAGGAAGUCCCUCCAAUUGUUCCCUUACAGUAGGCUACCAAACGUGAGAGCACGGAAUAUUAUUUUUUUCAGAAACGGAGGUCCUCCUGUGAUGUUAUAGGGAAGUAGACACUACUAGACAGCGCUCUUUUUCUGUCGUUUCAGCAACGUUAUUUUACCUGGCUACAUUCGUUUAACGUUUUUUAUUCAAACGGCAGUAUUUACACCAGAACGUUCUACAAGACAACGACGGUUGCUAACUAAAAGUAACUUCAAACUGAAUCGGAGUACAAGAGUGAAACCAAGGAGGCGACGAAAGAACAAUCCCAAAUGUAGUUUGUAAUGUAUUGAACUGACGGUUUAAAAUUGCGCACGCUCUGCUUGACUAUGGCACAGUGGACACAAAUGGAAAAACAAAUUCCCCUUCUGGACAACCAGACGGUCAAUUUUCUCUACCCUCCAAACUGCUUUCCCAUGGAAGUCAGGUGUUACCUGGCCUCCUGGAUUGAGACACAGAGAUGGGAAGACUUUGACAUGGGGAACGUGGGGCAGGAACCCCAGGCCUUGGAUCUGCUGGACAAGAUCAUCUCGUUCCUCCAGAGCCAUGCCCAGACCAACCAGAACGUGGUGGAGAAGAUGAGGCUGCAGCAUAUCAGCAGGGUCAUGAAUGCGUUUCAAACCCAGCCUAUGGAAUUGAUGGUUACAAUCAGGGACUCCCUGAGGAAGGAAAGAUAUAUUCUCAGUCAAGUGCCUGCCCAGGAGCUGUCUCCUGCCCCGGUCCCCAGCACCGGGGACGUGGACCACCUGGUCUGCAAGGUCCUGGAGAUCCAGAACUGUCGACAGCAGAUCCACCAGCUGCAGGAGGAGCUGAACUGGCAGAAGCAGAACUAUGAGAACACACAGGGUUCUCUCCAACAGAACCAAACAAACGGGUUGGAUCCCCAGCACUCUGAGGUCAUUAAAGUGCAGAAAAACAUUCAGCAGCUAGAGUACAAUGGGCAAGCCAUGUCUAAGAAGCUUGUCCAGCUUCUGCAAGAGGCCGUGUGCAGUCUUGAGCAGUGUCAGGCCAGGCUCAUCAACAGGAUCAAGGCCUGGAGGUGGGAACAGCACCGCGCCACCAUCGGACACCCCUUCGACGACAACCUCAGCCCUCUGCAGACCUGGUGUGAACAACUACUGGGGGUGAACGGGAAAUUAAGACAGGAAGUCAUGCUGGUGGGAGAGCCAAUCCCAGAGCUGCAGGAAGCUUUGGCACGGCUGCUGCAAUCCCUCAUCCAGAGCUCUCUUGUGGUGGAAAAGCAGCCUCCCCAGGUCAUCAAGACCCAGUCCAAGUUCUCCACCACCGUGCGCUAUUUACUGGGGGAAAAGGUGGCUCAAGGAAAGCCUGUUCUGCUCAAAGCCCAGAUUGUCACAGAAAACCAGGCCAGGAGUUUAGGCCCACUGGGCGGCAUGUCCAGUGAGAAUGUGGGGGAGGUGAUCAACAACACCGCCAUUUUGGAACACAACACAUCUAGCAAGAGCACCUGCGCCUCCUUCAGGAAUAUGUCAAUAAAGAAAAUCAAGAGAGCCGACAGGAAAGGAUCCGAGUCUGUGACGGAGGAGAAGUUUGCUCUCCUCUUCUCCACAGAAAUCAGCAUCACCGGCUGUGACACUCCUUACAAGAUCCAGGUGAUCUCUGUUCCUGUGGUGGUGAUUGUGCACGGUAGUCAGGACAACAACGCAAUGGCAACCAUCAUAUGGGACUGUGCCUUCUCUGAGCCAGACAGGAUACCAUUUGUGGUCCCUGAGAGGGUGCCUUGGAAGAAGAUGUGUGUCACCCUCAACAGGAAGUUCAUGUCCGAGGUUCAGACCGAACGUUGCCUGGACACCUACAACCAGCACUUCCUCGCUCAGAAGAUCUUCGACAACCCUGACAUCCCAGGCGACUACAGUAACAUGCCUGUGUCAUGGGUCCAAUUCAAUAAGGAAGUGCUACCAGGACGACCUUUCACCUUUUGGCAAUGGUUUGAUGGGGUAAUGGAACUGUCCAAGAAACACCUGAAGAGCUACUGGACAGAUGGGCUGAUAUUUGGCUUCAUCGGGAAACAGCACCUCCACCUCAUUCUUAAAGACAAACCCACCGGCACCUUUCUACUGCGUUUCAGUGACUCUGAGAUUGGAGGCAUCACCAUUGCCUACGUCGCAGCCGCAGAGAAUGGGGGUCAGAAGAUCCAAAACAUUCAGCCCUUCACCAAGAGAGACCUGGAAAUCCGUUGCCUUGGCGAUCGCAUCCAAGACAUUGACUUAAUCACACACGUCUAUCCAGAUUCGCCCAAAAACAAAGUCUUUAUCAAAUACUACACAGUGAACCAAGGGCCUCCUGGUGGUGGAUACAUUCCCGUCUCCAUCCAGACCAAAGUGGAAACGCCAUCUGCCUCACCCACAGUUCCCAGUACAUUGCCACCCAGUGAGUCCAUGGAUCCCGGAAAUGGAGCUAUGGGGAUGUCGCCCAUCUACCCCCAAAACAGUUGGACAUUCUCUGAUCACAAACCUCAGCACCUCUUUCCUGACCCUGUCAGUACCAUGGAACAGGCCCAGGACAUGGAUCUGGAUGAGAUUCUGGGGGAGAUCUACCAGAAUUGAGAGCGUCUCAGUGGAGGGGACCACAGCAGAGCAGGUAGCAGCUUGAAGGUGCAUCCGUUCAGCCACUCUGGGAACUCAGAACAGCUCAUUGGAGGGCCCUGGCCCCACAUCAGGUUCAAUAUUGGUCUUCUGCCACACUAAAGGAGAGACAAUGUUCUGUGUUCUGAGGACAACAAACUUAUAUGAUCAAAAGACAUCUUCAUAAUGGAAUGGAGUUGACCAAAUGAUAACCACCUUAUCACAAUACGGGCAUAAGUUCUUGCUCUCCAUUUCAUUGCCUUUUCCAGUGUCGUCGACUAUACUGGUUGAUUUGUAACUGUACACAUUGGAGCACCUAAAGACUUAACAUUGUCAUUAUCUUCUGGGGUGAUAUGUUUAGUCACUUUACAUUCCCACUCUCAAGCCAUACAAACCCUCUCCCAGUGCACAUUUAUUCCAGAUUUAAAAAAAAAGAAAUUCUUGUAAAUACAAUUUAUUUGUUCUUUUUAACGUAGAAAUAUCAUGUUCUGCAUUACACAUAACCUGAAUUCGAUCUCGUCUACAGGUUAUUGCCCACAGCCAUAGUAAAAUUAUGCUAUUGUGAAGGGAUUUUGCAAUAAUAGCAUUUUAUUAAAAUAAAUAAAAUAAUAAUAUUCAUAAUUUUAUUAUUAUAAUAAUGUUUUUUGGGGCAUUUUGGAAAUAUUUUAUGAUUGCACACGUUUGAAUGUUUUUCUUUUUUUUAAAGCUAGUUUAGAAAUAGAUGAAAUCCCGAUGUGUCGACGGUAUAUUGACAGUGAAUGAUUGUGGCGAUAAAGUACCUAGUUAUCCGUGACAACUUUUGUUUUCAUAUUCUACCCUUUUUUAAGUCAAUUAUUUUUUGUCUAACCUGGAAGAAUAUGUGUGCUGAUUCUUUUAUCCAUCGUCUUAACUUUGAAAGUGUGUUCUGUUGGCUAAUGCCAAAAGUAUUAUAGUCACUGUGUUAGUUAUGUAGCUGGUCAUCCAACUAUGCAUUGUGCAUCAAUGAAUCUUACAAAGGGUGCAAAGAGAUGAAUUAACCCGUGGUAUAUCAGAUUGAACUGUGGAAUGAACUUAUACAUUUGUAUGUUAAAUAUAACUUUUUGGGUAUGAAAUAUAGCUGUUUUAGUUCAAUAAUACCACACACAAACUAUC